UUUGGGACCGAUGAUGAUAAUAUCUGUUUUGUCACUAUUAAGUUUGAGAAAAUUUUGUUCCAUCCAAGUUUUGAUAUCAGCUAAGCAGUUGGUGAGGGUGGAGUAGAUGUUGGAGGUGAUGGAGGUGGUAGAAAUGUAUAGUUGAAUAUCAUCAGCGUAGCUGUGGAAGUUGAGGCCAUGUCGACGGAUGAUAUUGCCAAGUGGAAGGAUGUAGAGGAUGAAGAGAAGAGGACCAAGCACCGAACCUUGGGGAACACCUUGAGGUAAAGGGGCUAUGGAGGAGGAGCAGCUAUUUAUGUGCACAAACUGUUGACGGUUGGUGAGGUAUGAUUGGAUCCAGGACAGAGCAGAAUCGGUGAUAUUGAGGCUGGUUUUGAGGCGGGACAGGAGGAUAGAGUGGCUAAUGGUGUCAAAGGCUGCGGUGAGGUCUAGGAGGAUGAGGAUGGUAAGAUGGCCGGAAUCGGAGGAGAGAAGAAGAUCAUUGGUGAUUUUAAGAAGAGCUGUUUCAGUACUGUGUUUGGGACGGAAACCGGACUGGAAGGAUUCAAACAGGCUGUUGGAGUUGAGUGAUCCUGUUGGCAACCAGCCCUGCUUAUUUCAGAGGUUUCACCCUCAUUGCAUUGAAGGAGGGCAGGGAGGGCACCGUAGAUGAUGACUACACCGGACAGUUCCAGAUCAUUGAUGAAGAGGACACACAGUUCAUGACCAACUGUCCCCCUGCGGUAACAGAGAGCACACCUCGCAGACGCACCAGGAUCCAGGUGUACUGGACAGCGCCACCUACUGGGAGUGGUUGUGUCAUACUGAAGGCGAGCAUUGUCCAGAAGAAAAUCAUCUAUUUCCAAAAUGAAGGCUCUCUUACCAUCCGGCUCUGUGAGAAAGAGCGUGUGUUUGGUGAGGCGACUGCAGAUCCUACCAUGGAAUGCUGUGCUUGUGGGACAGCCAAGUACCGACUCACCUUUUAUGGAAACUGGUCAGAGAAGGUCCAUCCCAAAGACUAUCCCAGACGGGCCAACCAUUGGUCAGCAUUAAUCGGUGCGUCCCACUCCAGAGGUUAUGUGCUGUGGGAGUAUGGAGGUUAUGCCAGUGAGGGGGUUCGUCAGGUCGCUGAGUUUGGCUCCCCCAUCAAAAUGGAAGAAGAGAUUCGGCAAAAGGGAGAUGAAGUCCUGACUGUCAUUAAAACCAAAGCCCAAUGGCCUGCGUGGCAGCCGCUCAACCUGCGUGCUGCUCCUUCGGCAGAAUUUUCUGUGGACCAAAGUCGUCAUCUGAUGUCCUUCCUCACCAUGCUCGGACCUAGUCCUGAUUGGAACGUAGGACUGUCAGGAGAGGACCUUUGCACCAAAGAAUGCGGCUGGGUCCAGCGAAUGGAGACGGAGCUUAUACCCUGGGAUGCCGGCACUGAUAGCGGUAUCUCAUAUGAAUCGCCAAACAAGGCUACCAUUCCCCAAGAGAAGAUUCGGUCUUUAACUAGUUUGGAUCACCCUCAGAGCCCUUUCUACGACCCCGAAGGUGGGGCAAUUACCCCUGUGGCCAGAGUGGUGGUGGAACGCAUUGCUAGGAAGGGAGAGCAGUGUAAUGUGGUACCAGAUAGCAUUGAUGACAUUGUAGCUGACAUUGGGCAAGAGGACACAGAGAAAGAUGACACCCCCGAGACGUGUAUUUAUUCUGGCUGGUCUCCCUGGUCAGCUUGCAGCAGCGCCUCUUGUGAUAAAGGCAGACGGAUGAGGCAAAGGAUGCUUAAGGCGCAGCUGGACCUCAGCGUUCCGUGCCCCCACACUCAAGAUUUUCAGUCCUGUAUGGGACCUGGAUGCAGUAUGCAGGAGCCAUCGACAUGCAUGAUGUCAGAAUGGAUAAGUUGGUCAGCCUGCAGUGUCUCCUGUGGAAUGGGAAUGAGGUCCAGAGAGCGUUACGUCAAACAGUACCCAGAGGAUGGUUCGCUAUGCCAGCUCAACACGGAAGAGACAGAAAAGUGUGUCGUCAAUGAAGAAUGCUCAGCCAGCAGCUGCGUGGUGACUGAGUGGGGUGAGUGGGAUGCCUGCAGCGUCUCCUGCGGGAUGGGCAUGACAAGACGUGAGCGCAUGGUUAAAAUGCCUCCUAUUGAUGGAUCAAUGUGUAAAUCAGAGGUGGCAGAAGUGGACAAAUGCAUGAUGCCAGAAUGCCAUACCAUCCCAUGCAUGUUGUCACCAUGGUCUGACUGGAGUGAGUGUAGCGUCACGUGUGGGCGUGGCCUGCGGACUCGUCAGAGGAUGCUGAAGUCGGAUCCUGCGCAGUGCAAUGAAGAGUUGGAGCAGACUGAGAAGUGCAUGCUGCCUGAAUGUCCCAUCGACUGCAUGGUCUCAGAGUGGUCGGAAUGGUCUGAGUGCAACAAGUCCUGCGGUAAAGGACACACCAUCCGAACUCGCAUGAUAAAACUGGAGCCACAGUUUGGAGGCAACGUUUGUCCCGAGACCAUCCAGAGGAAGAAAUGCAAGAUCAGGAAGUGUCGAUCGAAACCAAAAGAUGACAGAGGUGAAGGCAAGAGGAGAAGGAGAGGUAAACAGGGAAGAGAUGCAGUUUUGGAAGAACAGGCAGGAUGUGGGAUGCAGGCAUGGACCGGCUGGACAGACUGCACCAAACCAUGUGGAGGGGGCAUCCAGGAGCGUUUCAUGUUGAAGAAGAAAAGAGCUAAAGGUGCAAUGUCAGCUAACUGCAAGGACCGGAAGGAGAUACGUGCCUGUAAUGUUAAUCCCUGCUAGGGGGUGCUGUUGAGUUGUUAACAGAGGCUAUGAGUAUGUAACUAUUGAUGUAUUUGAUAACAAUGAAAUGUUGAUAAUGUUGUGUACAGGGCAGGUAAAGGAUGUAUGGGUGGUCAAUAGAACUCAGUGAGGCGACUCAAAGUACAGAAAGAAGCCAGAAUAGGUGAGGUGAAGCCCGCGUAUAAACGUUAGCUGAUGGGUUGACACAUUUUUGUUUUUAACUUUAGAGCACUACACAGUUAUUAAGUAAUAGCGCUGUAGCUUUGAUGUAUUUUGGUAGUUUUUGCAUCUAGGGUAUGAAAUAAAUCGGAAAACCACAUGGGAUAAAAAUUCAUCUUCUACAUUUCUCAGAAUAAUCAAUCAGCUUUAAGGGGAAAAUGUCAGCUUUUUAACUGCAGAUGUCACUAAAAUAUGAUUUCCUCCAUAAAUGGAUGAACUAGUGUACACAGUAUGUACUUGACGCCUAUGUGGGUGGUCCAGCUGUCAAAAAGGAAGUCAGGGCAGUCACAAAGUUUUGCAGUACCACUAGUUUUGUAUGUAGUAUGUAGCACAGAGACAUGGUAAUGGUAAUGGUUUUAUUUCAUUUGAACAUGCAUCAGAUUACAAUUGAAUGCAUCACAUAAUCAGUUCACAGUUCCACAUGUCCAAAAGGAGUAGGAAGAAGCAAAGCUUAUUAAAUCAUACCCCUCCAUCUGGUACUUUUACAAUCAGUAACUGUUACAUUUGUUCACUUCCUGCUUUUCUAAUAUAUUUUUUUUGUUUGUUUUUUUAAUUUUAUUUUAUUUUUUUGUCACAUGCCGAAGUAGGAGGUGAUAUGACCAUCCAAUGACAUAAUGGGUACCAUAGUAAGUGUCAAUAUAGUGAUAUAUAUAGCACAUCAUGACUGGUUCAAGACUCUUCAUCCUUGUAUUUAGCAAACAUCAACUGCUUGUAUUGUUUCUUGAAUUGGCUCAUCGUUGUGCAUAAAGUAACAUUCAUACUUUUGCAUACAUUACAUGCAAAAUGAUCUGAUGUACAGUGUAGAAAAAAAUGCCUUGCACCCUUGCACCCUUGCAAGGUAUAUGAAUUGUCCAUGUUUUUGGUAAGUUGAAUUGAACUGAGACACACACAAUAUCAUAAAAAAGUGAAAUAAUGGUUAAUUAAUUUGUAUUUGAUUGAUUGGAACGAGAUAUGAGAUCCUCGUGUAAAAAGUGACUUGGUGGAGGUUAGACAUUUCCUGUAGUCACAAGGUUGCACACAUACCUACUCGCAUUUUUAGUGGGUUUAAAGUCUGGAGACUUUAGUUGAUUUCAAACAUACAUAUAAGUUUACAUUUUUGGAGUUCCACAAUCCAACGUCUGAAAAGGAGUAGUGUAUGUAAUCCUACCCCUUUGAAUAUCACAGCAAUCAGUCAUGAAUUUGGUCCCUUCCAUCCAUCCAUUUUCUAUGAAGCUUAUAUUAAUUGGUCACAGAUUUGUUCACUUCCUUUAUUCAAUUCAUAGUUGAAAUGAUCACGCUAACAGUGGUCUCGGUCUUACCAAGUUUGCUGAAGGGACAAGAGUUGGGGGUGCUGGAGCCUAUCCCAGCUGUCUUCUGGCAAGAGGCGGGGUACACCCUGGACUGGUCGCCAGCCAAUCACAGGGCACAUAUAGACAAACAACCAUUCACACUCACAUUCAUACCUAUGGACAAUUUGGAGUCGCCGAUUAACCUAGCAUGUUUUUGGAAUGUGGGAGGAAACCGGUUCUCCCACGCAUGCACAGGGAGAACAUGCAAACUGCACACAGAGAUGCUAGAGAGUGGAAUUGAACUUGGGUCUCAUAACUGCGAGGCCUGUGUGCUAACCACACAUCCACCGUGCAGCCUUAUUUCAGUCAAUCACAUACAAAUUCAUUUCUAACCUUUAUUUAAUUCAUGUUGUCUCUCUCUGUUAAAAUAGAUGACCCCAAAAUGAUGUAACAGGAACCGUUUCAAUCAAAUGUUAGUAGUUAGAAAUGAUGGGAAGGCAAUUAAAUAUUUAUAGUUUUAUUACAACACAGUAAAAUAGUAUCUGAAAAACAACCAACAUGAUUGAUAUAAGUAACUGACAAAUUGUUUCAUUAGAUAUACGUAUAUAGAAAAGGAGAUGUUUUUACUUUUAGAAGUUGUUAUAUGUACUUGGUCAUCAGCUGAUGUAGCAUUAGUACUGCAAAAAACAGUAUCUGCAUGUACCUGGGCACGUUCGCUAUAAUCCAUAGUCUGACUCGCAGACCAUUCCAGUCAUCAUACUGUACAUGUUGAGUAUUCCAAUGUGUAGACAAGGAAGGGAUACUGUAAGUUUGCAGGAAAUGUACAAUGAAAUCUUUCAUGACUGCAGGAAUAGCUUUUUCUUUUUUUUCCCACUAGCGGAGUCGAGAGAUUUUGUCAACCAUAACAGUUAGUGUUUUUAAGCCUCUUUUUGCUUCUGUGACAGUUUUUGUAUGAAAUCACAUUUGCAAUAAAAUGGGAAUGUCAAAAUAUUGUUUUUGU